GAAGCGCGAGGGGAGUUCCGGGGAGCGGCGCGCCGGGAGUCGGGAGGGUGGCAGAGAUCGGGACCACUGCCCUGCCUGCGCUCUGAUGGCCCACAUCACCAUAAACCAGUAUUUGCAGCAAGUACAAGAAGCCAUUGACAGCAGAGAUGGACAAUUUUGUGCAGAAUUAGUAUCAUUUAAACAUCCCCAUGUAGCAAAUCCAAGACUACAGCUUCCAUCUCCAGAGGAGAAGUGUCAACAAGUUUUGGAGCCACCAUAUGAUGAAAUGUUUUCAGCCCACUUAAGGUGUACUUAUGCUGUUGGAAACCAUGACUUUAUAGAAGCCUACAAAUGCCAGACAGUUAUUGUCCAAUCCUUCCUGCGCGCAUUUCAGGCACACAAAGAAGAAAAUUGGGCCUUACCUAUUAUGUAUGCUGUAGCCCUUGAUCUUCGAAUUUUUGCUAAUAAUGCAGAUCAACAGCUUGUGAAGAAAGGGAAAAGCAAGGUUGGUGACAUGUUGGAAAAAGCAGCAGAACUACUGAUGAGCUGUUUUCGAGUCUGUGCCAGUGACACUCGAGCAGGCAUUGAAGACUCCAAAAAGUGGGGCAUGUUGUUUCUUGUGAAUCAGCUGUUUAAAAUUUAUUUUAAGAUCAACAAACUCCAUCUGUGUAAGCCCUUAAUUAGAGCAAUUGACAGCUCAAAUCUGAAGGACGAAUAUAGUAUGGCACAGCGAGUUACAUACAAAUAUUAUGUCGGACGCAAAGCCAUGUUUGACAGUGACUUUAAGCAAGCUGAAGAGUAUCUGUCAUUUGCCUUUGAGCACUGUCACCGAUCUAGCCAGAAGAAUAAAAGAAUGAUUUUGAUCUACCUGCUGCCAGUAAAAAUGCUGUUGGGCCAUAUGCCAACAGUUCAGCUCUUAAAAAAGUAUGACCUUAUGCAGUUUGCUGAAGUAACAAAGUCUGUGAGUGAAGGCAAUCUUCUCCUGCUGAAUGAUGCUCUGACAAAGCAUGAGACCUUCUUUAUUCGAUGUGGAAUCUUUCUUAUCCUUGAGAAGCUGAAAAUCAUCACAUACAGAAAUCUCUUUAAGAAAGUAUAUUUACUACUCAAAACCCAUCAGCUAUCUCUAGAUGCCUUUCUGAUUGCCCUGAAGUUCAUGCAAGUAGAGGAUGUUGAUAUUGAUGAAGUCCAGUGCAUUUUAGCUAACCUUAUAUAUAUGGUAUGUGCUGACCACUUGUUGUCUGGUCCUUUCAGACAUCAGGCAGUAAAAAAUAUUGGACAGAGAAUAAAAGUUUAUUACAAAAGCCACAUCAGUAAUCCCACAUUUUCUUGUGUAAAAAAGUUGAUUCGCUUGUGCUCAAAGUGAAAUGUUUUCAUUUACCCUGCAGACUUCCUCUAGUUCCUACUUUUUUUUGUAGGUAUCAGUUAAAAUUGAAGUUGAAUUUCACAUUACAAAUCUGGUACUGACAUUUUUUUCUGUAUAUGCAUAAAUAUUGAUUUAAAAAUACAAACAUUUUAACUGGGACCAGAAAGGAUUUGUUCUGCAUUUGAAGUAGGAGACUCUUGACCUUCUAACAUUAGAGAAAAAUAAAGCCAGAUUUCUUUGGGUUUGUUCCACAUUUGGCUUUUACUCUAAGGGGAUUUCAACUACUCAUGAACAGAUAAAGGCUUGAAAUAUAAAGAUUUCUAUUAAAUGAGAGAUUUUGGAGCAGCACUGCAGUGUCAGCAAGAAAACAAACCACAUCUCUCUGAAACAGAUUAUUUGAUGUGGUGUAGGUCACUGGAAGAUUUCUUUCAGUGUUACAGCACGUUUGAAAAGGAAGUGCUAUGUCAUUUAGUUUAUUAGGUAUGGAAUACUAAUUGGAUUAAAAUCCUCGUUUUAAAGUGAACAAGAGUAGAUUUAGAAACACUUCUGUAAAGCUGUGUAAGCUUUACACAGCUUCAAGGCAAUGUAAGCAGACCCAUAGGGGGCCCUGGCAAGAGGCUCUCAAACUGACAGGCUGGCUAGUACCCAAACACGGGGGUGGUUCCCACUUCCUCCUUACUCUCUAAGUUGACCCACUUACAUAAAUUGGACCCUUACAGAUAUUAAGUACAGUAGUGCAGUGGUGAUUGAGCAUACACACACUGCCGUGAUUAGGUUGUAGGUAUUUGCUUAGGUUAUAGGCAUUGUGUUACCAGCUCCCAGUACUAAUGCUCCCUUUCUCUCCUUCUGCCAGGGUCACAUUAAAGGCUACAUAUCCCACCAGCAUCAGAAGCUUGUGGUCAGUAAGCAGAACCCAUUUCCUCCACUGUCAACAGUGUGUUGAGUAUUGCAUCUUAUCCAUGCAAGUACUUGCCGGGUACUCAGCUUGCCCAGUGGAACUGCUCCUAAUCAUACCAAGGACACUGUAAAUUGCCUGGGUUGUGUCCAGGACUGGAAUACCAGGAACUGUUUGUGGCUCCUUUCCCAGAAUGACCAAGGCUGCCAGUGUUACAAAGUGUGUUGGAAUGAAAUGCUGACUUUUAAAUAGUAAUUUCCACAGGCUUUCUAGAUAAUUCAAAGUAUUUCGUCAAGAAAUAAAGCAAAGCAUUCCAAA